ACCGCCUCACCAUUACUGCUGCUCCGCGUAAAACACUUACGGCUGCAAACUCAUAUGAAAAUCAUCAUGGAGGCAUUCGAUCUCGUUAUUAUCAACGGUGUAUGUGUUACAGCCUCUGAUAUAGGUGCUUAUGACGUUGCUAUCAAGGAUGGCAAAAUCGCCUUGCUUGCACCAUCGGGAUCACUUGCUGAGACGGAUGCAUUGCGAAUAAUUGAUGCCGAGGGUGCAUAUGUGACUCCUGGUGGUGUUGAUUGCCAUGUUCAUCUACAAGAACCUGCCAUGUUUGGGAAGGGCUCCUCUUCUGAUACAUUUGAAACAGGAACCCGCUCGGCAAUCGCUGGAGGCUGUACUACGAUUGUUUGCUUCGCUCCUCAACAGAGACACGAGCCCUCACUUCUGAAGCCUUUGGCCGACGCCCAUGACAAGGCUCGAGGGAACACUUACUGUGACUACGGGUUCCAUCUCCUUGUCUCCAAUCCCACCGAAACAGCUCUCUCCGAGCUUGGAAUGCUCAAAGCCGAGGGCGUCACAUCCCUCAAGAUCUAUAUGACCUAUGAGGCGCUCCAACUCCGCGACGAUCAAAUCCUAUCGGUUCUUCACCAUGCUCGUAACAACCAUAUCCUCACCAUGAUCCAUGCAGAGAAUGGUGAUAUUCUGAACUGGCUGACAGAUCAGCUUGAAGCCAGCAAACUCUUCGCUCCAAAAUACCAUGCAACAUCGCGUCCGCCUGCGCUCGAAGCGGAAGCAACAAACCGUGCCAUCGUGCUAUCUUCUAUUAUUGCUAAUACGCCUAUCUUGUUGGUGCAUAUUAGUGACCCGGAUGCAACAUAUCGCAUUAGGCAAGCCCAGACAGCUGGCCAACCAAUCUUUGCAGAGACUUGCCCGCAGUAUCUAUUUCUGACGCGCAGUGAUCUAGAUGCGCCAGGCUUCGAGGGUGCUAAGUUCGUGUGCUCGCCACCCCCACGCGAUGAAGCAUCACAAGAGGUUAUUUGGGAGGGCCUACGAAAUGGAACAUUUACUGUUCUGAGCUCAGAUCAUUGCCCGUUCUCUUAUGAUGAUACAGAAAAGGGCAAGAAGGCUUGCAUUACACAUGACUAUCCAGUCGGAAAGUUCAGGCACAUUCCGAAUGGAAUUCCUGGGGUAGAAACGAGACUCCCUCUUGUGUUUUCUGCUGACAAGCUGCCCCUAACGAAAUUCGUGGAGGUGACAUCAACCAAUGCGGCAAAGUUGUAUGGGCUAUAUCCCAAGAAGGGAUCAAUGAUGCCUGGUGUGUCGGAUGCGGAUCUCGUGAUCUGGUAUCCCAAUGACAAGUUGCCCGACGUGACCAUUCGAAACGAAGCAUUACACCACGCCAAUGACUACACACCAUACGAAGGCAGGACAGUGAAGAACUGGCCACGAUAUACAAUCUUACGCGGUAUGGUUAUAUGGGAUAAUGGAGAGAUAAUCGUGGUAAUGCGACCCUCAACAGCGUGCUUGAACUGUAGAAGUUCUAAACGCAAAUGCGAUCGGGCAGACAGCUCAGCAGCAUGCUCCCAGUGUGUUCAGCGAAACUUGCAGUGUACAACGACAACUAUCAUCAGCCCCCAACUUCCAAGAUCAUCAGAAGUUCAGUAUCCCUCACGGCUUAGUCAGUCAACCUGUACACAAGAUGAGAAGAUGUACUUGGUGGGUCUCUACUUUCGCUUUAUCCAUGAUUCCCCUCACAGCCUCUUCCACGAGCCCACAUUCAAAGUCAGCGUGGGAGAAGGUACUGUCAAACAACCUGUCCUUCUUGCUAUGAUGGGUUUAUCUGCAAGAUUCGCCACAGACCCUGACAUCGUUGCUCGUGGGCCGAUGUAUCGUGCUCAAGCUACCGCAGCAUUGAAGGACGACCUAGAACAUAUCUGCAUCGAGAACAUCCAAGCUUGCAUUCUUGUCGGAAACAAUUUCUUCGGAGAAGGUGACGCAGAUGCCGAGUCUCUGUAUUUUGGACUCGCAAGUCGAAUGACUCAAAUUCUGAAGCUGGGAGAAAUUGACGAAAGCGAUGACGGUGUGAUGCGAGAAGUCAAGAGACGCAUAUUCUGGACGUGCUUCAUUAUCGACACUUGGGCCAGUGGAGGCUCUAACCUAUCACCACAGUUCAGAUGGCGAACCAAACAACCUCGAGGGCCACUCGACGAAUACAUGUUCUACAACAUGAGGUCAGGAGAUGGAGACGUCACAGAGUUGGACUGGAAGCCUGGAUUGUGGGCUCACAUGGUCAGACUGGUUGGGUUAUAUGCUGAGAUACAGAACCUUCAGCAAGAACUCGCGAAUGGGGUUGAGUGGAACGAACCCUUCAUAGAUGAGUCAGUGCAACGACUUGAAGCUGAGCUCAGGGCUUUCGAGGAGGGUUUGGGUCCUGGAUUGAUGUUCUCAAGGGAAAACCUGGCUUCUUUCGUCGACCGUGGCUUAGGACGCGUCUUCAUAGCCUUUCAUCUGGGCUAUCACCACUACUAUACGCUUUUAUUUUACCAAUACCUCGAUCAUCGCCGACCGCCGACAACAAACGGCCGGAAGUAUGCUAGCUCCUGCAAAUCCCAUGCAGCCAUUGUAUGCGACGUUCUCAAGGUCUCACGGGAGGUCCCUGGGGCCGAGGCACUCUACAACAUCGUGGGGCAUGUGACAAUCGUGUCCUCAUCAGUGUUAUUGCACACAUAUCUAUUCGGAGAGUCUCAUGAGCUUGAGGAGUCAAGAGACCGCCUGAGUUCAAACCUCGAAUCCUUGGUACAACUAAGAAACUACUGGCCCAGCGUGGAGAUGAUGAUCAAACGCCUGGUUGUCUUUCAGAAGAAUUGCAUUCAGUCAAUGAAUGCCGAGUCUUACCGGUUCGACAGAUGGAUGGUCAAGUUUCUUAUUGCUCAUGCACUUGCUCUUGAAGAUAAGGUGGAUGAUAAUUGGUCUGCUGCCAGUGUUGAAGCAACAAACGGAAACGACCAUCUUGAACGAGGUCGCAUCACUCAGGCCAUGAUUAUGGAUAUACAGAACUAUGACACCGAGACCUGAUGAGUAUUAGAUGAUCCAAAUAAUUAAUACGUGAGGGGAUGAUUUCAAAACGCAAUACAAACUCUGAAU